UAUGUCCUGUUGCUGUGCGUCAAAGGUUCCGCUAUUAUAUCAGCCUGUUGUUGGCAUGUUAUUCAAGCUGCUGACAGUUUGUCGCUGCAGUAACAUUUCACUGUCGCUGCCGCAGUAAGUCACUCAUAAGAUGAGACUACCGCAGCGGACCGUGACUCUGCUCACAGCACCUGUCAGGUCGGCCUCCUCAGUCCCUGCAGGCGUGUUGAGUUUUGUCCCACCCUGCAGCACCACUGAUGCCCACUCUCUGGAGCUGCUGCAGGACUUUGUGUCCCGAGCCAGGCGUCUCUUUGUCAUCACCGGAGCAGGACUCUCCACAGAGUCCGGGAUCCCUGAUUACAGAUCAGAGGGGGUCGGGCUGUAUGCUCGCACCGACAGACGACCCAUGCAGCAUGCAGAGUUUAUCCGCAGUGCAAAGUCCCGUCAGCGAUACUGGGCCAGAAACUUUCUAGGAUGGCCGCAAUUCUCCUCCCAUCAGCCAAACUCUGCACACAAGACGCUGCGGCGGUGGGAGGAGAGAGGCAAGCUGCACUGGUUGGUCACACAGAAUGUGGAUGCUCUGCAUUCAAAGGCAGGACAGAAAGGACUGACUGAGCUCCACGGCUGCACCCACAGGGUGACGUGUCUCGGCUGUGGUGCCAUCUCAGCAAGGGAGGAACUCCAGGCUCGAUUUGUAGCUUUAAACCCGGAGUGGAGAGCGCAGGCAGGCGGUGUGGCUCCAGACGGUGAUGUGUUCAUAGAGGACGAGCAGGUCCAGACUUUCAGAGUCCCCUCCUGUGAGAACUGCGGAGGGAUCCUGAAGCCGGAGGUCACGUUCUUUGGAGACACUGUGAACAGAGAGACGGUUCAGUUUGUGCACGACAGACUGUCGGAGUCGGAUGCGGUGCUAGUCGUGGGCUCAUCGUUACAGGUAUACUCAGGAUACAGAUUCUUAAUGGCAGCAGGUGAUAGAAAAAUGCCAAUCGCCAUCCUGAACAUUGGGCCCACGAGGGCAGAUCACCUGGCCGAGCUGAAAGUGAGUGGCCGCUGUGGUGAAGUGCUGUCAGUCAUUCAACCCCUCUGAUGGUCGUGCCGUACGGUUUGAGGAAGAAAGACUAGUCAAAACUACCUCAUGUUUACACAGGUGAACACUUUACUGUAAGGAUGACCGCCUCAGCUGACAUAUGAGGAGCAACGAGCAUCUAAACUUCUCUGCCAGGAGAAUUCACGCACCUAUUUUAUGCACAACAGUUGAAGAUGUUAAUUGUCCUACACAGGGAAGUAUGCCGUCUUUGCACGCAACAAAUUGGUAUCAGGGGGGUCAAUAUCUUGAUCCAGCAAAAACAACAGAGACACGUCUGACUGCUGGUUUGAGUGUCAUAGAAUAUGUGCAGUAGAUGAUACAACAUGUGUGGUUCAGAGUCUCGAGGCUCUAAGAUGAAAGCUUUGAAAUGAGGAGUUAGCCACAUGGGUUGUGUCUGUUCACUGUUGUACACUGAUGUUGCUUUUAUUUAAAUGAAAUGAGCUAUAACAAACACUGUAUUAUAACGAAAAGUUGUUGUUUGUGAACAUGGAAUUGCAAGCUGUUAUUGCAUCAAAGCAAACAUAAUCGUGGAACAUAAGACACAAUAGAAAAUGUGAAGUUUUGGAAACUAAUUCAAGAGAUUAUACAAAUUAUGGUGCAGUCAGCUGCUUUUAAAGGGUGUGUGUGAUUAGUCUCAUGUUUUUAUAUAAUGGUGCUGAGAUUGUUUGUUUGUAUGCAUUUUAAAUGCUAACAUACUGUAGUCUAAAGAAUGGACCUUAUAUUACAUUUUUUUAAACAAAUCAAUCUAACUGCAAAGUAAGACGCUUGAGACUACAGACUGUUUUUGUUCUUUCAAGAAGCAGAUCUGGUUUCACCUCAAACUGAUGCAAAUAUUUGAAAUAAACUGACAAACG